AUGUGUGCCCACGGGACGACGUUCUUCUCCUUCAUCGUCUUCCUCCUCGCCCAAUGUCAUUGCAAUAGUGCGACGCAACUGGUCUGUCGGAAGCCCCGACCGUCGCUAAUAAUGAGGCAAAAUUAGUGUCGGACGAAUGUGGAAAUCCGUCGUCACCGACACCCGUGCGGAAAUGUCUCAAAUCUAGCGAUCGCAUCUGCGUCUUGGCAGCGUUUUCAGCUUUUUUGCUACCUUCCCAGAAUUCCUUCAUCGUUUUUGAGCUUGGAUAAUUAUGCAAAAAUUUUUGCCUCGUUAAAGUCCAGGCAAAGAACCGUUGAAGUUUCUUUGCCUAGAUGUUAACGAGAAGUUGAAAAUGAAAAAUGCUCGUGUAUGGUUCUCAAAAGGUUUUUCGGUCUGACUUCUUUUCUAGAGGUCUGAAUCGUUACAAAUAGCUAUCAAAAUGUGAAAAAAAAAUUCUUUAACUCAAAACUUAAUUAUCAUAUACCAAAAAUUUUGAAAAAUAAAAAAAAUAUCCUUGCCUUUCUGUUAAUUUCUUCGCAAUAUGUGCAAAUCAAUGUUGAAAAAAGAAAAUUGAAUGGAUGGAUGCCGGAACAGAAGCUGUACGGAGGAGCAUUAAAAUAGAACGAAAUGAAAGAAGAAAAAACAUUUCAAACAUACAAAAGGGAAAACAAAGGAAAGGGUGAUGAGCCAUCGUUUUUCGAAGCGGGCUGGACUUUUAAAACAUUUUUUCCUGGCCGAGGGGUCGACGAAAAGAUUGAAUUAAGUUUCAGAAAGUAACGAGAAAUUUUUUUUUGCAGUUGGGAGUUUCUGAAAAGAUGAAUGCUUUGGAAGUACCAAAGUUUACAGAUACCGAUUAAUAGUCCUUCGAUGUUUUCUUUGGAGAUAAUCUUCCUCUGGUAAAUAUGACCGUGUUCUGAUAGACUUUUCGGUUUACUAAAAAAAAAUAAGAAAGAAGAUCGCGAGUUCUGAACGAUGCGUUUUCAUUGAUUGGCAGCUAAAAAAUUCGGGAAAGAAACUGUUUAAAAACUUGAUGGAGCCAAAAAAAAAUAGGGAAGAAAAAAAACGAGAUGAAAAAGCGAAGGUGGAAGAAGCAAAGGACGUCGAAAUGAGGAGCCAACCGGACUCCCGUACGUAGGUUUUAAUAAAGCAAAUACAGGCACGGAGGGCGCUCUCCCACAGGCAAACACACACGAAUACAGCACUUCUUCAGCCUCUCACUUUUGCGCCGUCGGCCAUUCAGCAGCCAAUCUUCGGACAUCAUUUCUCGCCGCCUUGA